CGUGUCUACUUCUGUGGGCACGUGUGGCUCAGCAAUCUUUCGACCUCGGAUAACAUAAAGCGCAGUGCGUUGCGGGCAGCAAGCAGAGAGCAGUCGUCUUCCAGGGCGUUCCUGCACGUCCCGCGGUUUAAGGGGAGGUGAAUUUAAAAGAAGUGAAGCAAAAAAGGCGGCAUGGAGGCCUUUUUCUCGGGCAAACGGGCGGUGGUCACGGGCGCUGCGCAAGGAAUGGGUGCGCGGAUCGCCACUGACUUGGCAAAGUUUGGCGCUACUGUCAUCGCUGUAGACAUUGACGGUGCAAAACUGACUGAACUGCAGAAACAAGUGAGCAACGUCAUUCCGGUGGCCGUAGACCUAUCCGACUGGGACGCCACAAAGCGUGCUUUGGCCGACAUCGGUGACGUCGAUUUGCUUGUGAACAACGCUGGCAUCACCAAACUUGAAGCAUUCGGGGAAAUUGAGCCGGAGACCAUUGACAAGAUUUUCGCCGUGAACUUCAAGGCUGCAGUGAACAUCUCGCAGAUAUGCGUGCGAUCCAUGAAGUCCCGCGGCGUGCCUGGUGCCGUGGUGAACGUCUCGAGCCAGUCCGGCAUCGCGGCGCUACACGAGCACGCCGUGUACUGCGGCAGUAAGGCUGCCCUCGACAUGCUCACCAGAGUCAUGGCGCUCGAGCUGGGCCCGUACAAUAUUCGUGUGAAUUCGGUGAACCCGACCGUGACCAACACAGCCAUGGGCGUGGCCGUUUGGAAGCAAUACCCGGAGAAGGCGGCUGCCAUGAAAGCCAAGAUCCCAAUCGGCCGCUUUGCAGAGACGAAGGAAAUAUCAGAUGUGGUGCUCUUUCUUCUCAGCGAUAUGGCAUCUAUGGUAACGGGGGUCGUUCUACCUAUCGACGGUGGCUACACAGCUGUCUAAAAAUGCAUAUUGUAUUAGCGAGUGUGCGUGCAGAUUAUCGCAUGUGAGAAAUAAAGCUCUCUAGAUUGCAAA